AGGAGGUAUUCGUUGCACUUGAGCAAGUAGGCCUUUGUCGACCUUGCGCCUGGAACCCCUUUCCACAUUUAAAGAGACCUCAAAACUGUCAGGAAAUGUCAUCGAAAUAUGGGUGGCUUUUGCGGCAUGCGGUGGACACUCAGAAGUGCAUCGCUGUGCCAGGGGCUUUCUGCGGUUUGGCAGGUAGGAUUGCGGUGGAGAAAGGUUUUUCAGCGGCCUACGUCAGUGGCGCGGCCCUGACAGCUUCGGCCGGCGUGCCCGAUAUAGGAAUGCUGACGUUGGACCACUUCACCAAGGAGAUCGUGUUGGCUAGUGGCUUGCCGUUGAUUAUGUGCUUACCCAAGGGUCUGCUGGUGUAUAGGUCUCGCUUGAUUAGUACUCAUUUUACCAUGAACGACAACGUCAUGCAGGCGUAG